AUGGCUGCGGCCGCUUGUCUCGGCGGGGGACGGGGAAACGAGCCCCCUGUGCCCAUCCGGGCUGCGCGCCCGCCGGCACGCUGGCCCUUUAAGAGCGCCCCCCCAAGAUGUCGCCGCGGGUUCAUGUGCUCGCUCUACCGAACUUGCUGGUUCUCCCUGACCCUGGGCUCGGGCUGUGCGCGAUGUGAUGCAGACCCCUCCGCCUUGGCCAACUACGUGGUGGCGUUAGUGAAGAAGGACAAGCCCGAGAAGGAGCUGAAAGCUUUCUGUGCUGACCAGCUGGAUGUCUUCCUGCAGAAAGAAACUUCAGGAUUUGUAGAUAAACUUUUUGAAAGUCUGUACACCAAGAGUUACCUUCCUUCUGCUGAGCCCACAAAAGCAGAGGCAAAGCCUGCAGGGCAAGAGAAAGAAGAAGUCAAGGAGGAGUUGUGUGUUAAACAGAAUUUUCAAGAGUCUGUUGAGGAAGAGCGGGAGAGCAGGAAGAAGAAGUAUUCCAGUCCCCAGAGGAGCCGUGGAGACUCCAGUGAGCAAAGGUCUCGAGAGAAGAAGCGGGAUGACGGGAAGUGGAGGGACUAUGACAGGUACUAUGACAGGAGUGACUUGUACAGGGAGAAGUCGGGCUGGCGCCGGGGCAGGAGCAAGAGCCGCAGCAAGAGCCGCGGGGUGAGCCGGAGGCUAGGUCAGGUCUGUCGGAAAAGUAAGUGGCACAAAUUACAGCAUUCCACGCACCUUGAGACCGCGUUAGUUAAGGGCAGAGAGCACCGAGAGAGAGAGAGAUCAAAAUACAAGAGUGAAAAAAAUGAUGUUGAAAGCUCAUAUAACCCAGUGUCUGCAUCUCCCAGUAAAUCCUCCGAGCAGUAUUCCUCUGCACAAGCUAUUCCCACUGCUGUAACUGCAGUUGCACCUGCGCACCACCUUGAGAGCACCACAGAGAGCUGGUCAAAUUACUUCAACAAUCACAGCAAUCCCAGUUCAUUUGGGAGAAACCCUCCUCCUAAGAGAAGAUGUCAGGAUUAUGACGAGCGGGGCUAUUGCGUGCUCGGCGACCUGUGCCAGUUUGACCACGGCAACGACCCUUUGGUGGUGGACGAGGUUUCCUUGCCCAGCAUGAUCCCGUUCCCGCCGCCACCGCCGGGGGGGGCGCAGCCGCACCCGCAGCCACCGCCGCCCGUGGUGCUGCCCGUCCCGCGACCUCCUUUGAGCCAGUCCAGCCUGAUAAACAGCCGUGAGCAGCCGGGGACAAGCGCAGUGCCCAGCCUGGCGCCCGUGGGAGCCCGGCUGCCUCCUCCCCUGCCUCAGAACCUGCUCUAUACCGUGUCAGAACAUACAUAUGAGCCAGAUGGCUAUAACCCUGAAGCUCCUAGUAUUACCAGUGCUGGUAGAUCUCAGUAUCGGCAGUUCUUUACGAGAGCACAAAUGCAGCGGCCCAAUCUAAUUGGCCUAACAUCUGGGGAGAUGGAUACAAACCCUCGAGCUGCCAACAUUAUCAUCCAAACUGAACCUCCCAUUCCCAUUACAAAUAACAGCAAUGUCACUAGAGUUGUCCUGGAACCAGACAGCAGGAAAAGGUCUCCAAGCAGCCUGGAAUGUCCACCACUGAAGAAACCCUGGUUGGGAAAGCAAGUAAAUAACAACCAGAAUAAGCCAGGGUUUUUGAAGAAGAAUCAGUAUACUAAUACAAAAUUAGAAGUUCGAAAAAUUCCACCAGAAUUGAACAAUAUUACACAGCUCAACGAACACUUCAGCAAAUUUGGAACUAUUGUAAACAUUCAGGUUGCUUUCCAGAACGACCCCGAAGCCGCUCUCAUCCAGUACCUGAGUAACGAGGAGGCAAGGAAGGCCAUCUCCAGCACGGAGGCCGUGCUGAGCAACCGCUUCAUCAGGGUGCUGUGGCACAGGGACAGCGAGCAGCAGCCCCCCCUGCUGCAGCAGCAGCAGGCACCCAGCCCACAGGGCCUGCAGCACCUGCAGCAGCAGGCACUGGCCACGCCGCCUGCUGGGAGUGCACACAGCAGCCUGGCCAAGGUGAUGAACAAACCCCUGGCGUCCGGUGCCUACGUCCUUAACAAAGUCCCGGUGAAAAGGCGCCUUGGAGCAGCGGGGGGGAGCCAGCCCGAGCUCAGCCAGCCUGGGGCUGGGCUGGAGGAGUCUCAGAUAUUUCCUACUUCUACAAGCCACUCAAAAAUGGUUUACAGUUCGUCAAACUUGAAGUCAGCUCUGAAGUCUGGUGCAGGGUCUAAACCUCACGACGUGCAAGAAGCCCUUAAAAAAAAGCAGGAGGCAAUGAAACUCCAGCAAGAUAUGAGGAAAAAGAAGCAGGAGAUGUUAGAAAAACAAAUAGAAUGCCAGAAGAUGUUGAUAUCCAAGCUGGAGAAAAACAAGGCCAUGAAACCAGAAGAGAGAGCAGAAAUUAUGAAGACCUUGAAAGAACUAACAGGAAAAAUAUCUCAGUUAAAGGAUGAAUUAAAAACGUCAUCUGCAACCUCCACACCAUCCAAAUUGAAGUCCAAGACAGAGGCCCAGAAGGAGCUGCUGGACGCAGAGCUGGACUUCCACAAGAGGCUGUCGUCCGGCGAGGACACGACCGAGCUGCGCAAGAAGCUGAACCAGCUGCAGGUGGAGGUGGGUGAGCUGUGUGCCUGCUGCUGCUGGCUCUGUUCUGUGCCUGCUGCUGCUGCUGGCUCUGGGGGCCGGGGCCGCGCCGCACAGAACCACAUGGUGGUGGAUCACCGGCCCAAGGCGCUCGCCGUCGGAGGCUUCGUGGAGGAGGAGAAGGACGAGCUGGUACAGCACUUCUCUAAAUUUGGAGAUAUCGAAGAUCUCCAAGAAGAGGAUUCCCCAUUAAGUGUUGUUGUAACCUUUAAGUCCCGCUCAGAAGCUGAGAAUGCUGCUAACCAGGGGUCCCGCUUCAAGGACCGGCGGCUCCAGAUCUCGUGGCACAAACCCAAGGUACCUUCUGUGUCCACAGAGGUCGAGGAAGAGGAGUCCAAGGAAGAGGAGACUGAAACCUCAGAUUUAUUUUUGCAUGAAGAUGAUGACGAUGAUGAUGAAGAUGAGGAUGAAUCCCGUUCCUGGAGAAGAUGAAACUUGAUGUUCGAAAUGUAUAAUUUUAGGAAUAUAGUUCAAACUACAUCUUUUAAACAUUUAUUUAAGGAAGUUGAUGAGCCAAAAAGAGCUUUACUUUCUUUUCAAACCACAAGAUUUACCAUGAGCAGUUUGGUAUGAGAACAUUUGGGACACAGAGCUGUGAGACUGAGCCAAAGGCCCAGGAACUUCUUACAGGAUUAUCAAGCUCACCAGGGCGGUGAUUUUUUUCUAUUUAAGAAGGAUUAAAAGGGGGAGGGGGGUUGGAAAUCAGUAUUUUCUUGUCCUCUUUUUGUCACCUGUAAUACCUUGUUUUGGGUUUUUUAUAAUGUGAUUGUUUUGUUAGUUUAUAAUUGAAAAGAUAUUACAGGUUUUAUUUAGCAAUAUUAUGGGGUUAGGGGAAAGACAAACUUUCAUUAAAUAUUAUAAAAGAAAAACUGGCCUCAUUUGCUCGUUGGAAAAAGGGAGCAUUUUAUUUCCUGUGGAGUCUCAUGUUGUAGGAAUUACUUGUGGCUAGAUUCUUAAAUCAGUUACUUCAGUAUGUGUGACAGCCGCACAGUCUAUGCUGCGCUGCUUUUUGUGAGAGGAGGUGGAAGAAACAAUUUAACAGGGUAUUGUUAUAACAUUGUCCAGUUCCCUCUGUUUCUCCAAGUUCUGCUUCACAGGAGCCAUCAGCAGGGACACACACUGGAGUGGAUUUUCACUCCUCCUUGGUUUCCUUGUCAUUUCAGUGUAAGGCUCGGUGUAAGUCAGGCUGUUCAUUGCAUUUCAGUAUUUGUGAGCGAUGGAAGGAGUUCAGUCUUCCUCAGAAGCCCCUGAGUACCAGGCAGGAGCUGCUCUCCUGUCCCUGUCCCUGUCCCAGCUGUGCUCCAGGCAGAGCCCUGCAGGGUUCAGAGCAGGGGGGUCACCCACAGGACUGGGGGUCCUGCCCCAGCCCAGGGCCGGUGUCCUAAGGGUGUUCAGAGCUGGGUGUGCAGUGGGUGUCCCAGGUGUGUCCCAGGUGUGUCCCAGGUGUGUCCCUGGU